ACUCAGUGGCUGAGAACUGUCAGGUUGGAUUUAAGACGGACGUGUUAGAGGACAGUCUUAGAGGAGAGUGGACUUCAGCAGAAGAGUUUGUAUUUUAUUGUUUAAUAUAAAGUUCCGACGCGGGAGAUUCACAGCAGGGGGUUCGGAUUAUAGAUUCAUCUAAACAGGAAGUGUAGUUGUGUUGUUUACAAACUCCUGAGUCUGAAGUGAUGCAACAUGGCAGCUGCUGCUGUCAAUAGGUGUUUUCUCUCCGCGCUCAGGACAAACACACGGUGUCAGAGCCGAGGACUUCGCUCUGUGGCCGGGAGGACAGUGAGCCCGACGUCCUCUGGUCCUCCAUGUGACCACAGGGGAGCAGACAGAGACACGAGGCCGGACAGGUUCGCUCCUGGCUGGGACAGGAGGAGCAGCAGGUUCGCUCCUCUGCUCGGGUCAGUGUCUGUGGCUCUGGGGCUGUGGGGUCUGCUGGACACACAGGAGGAGGAAACAGACAGAGGAGGGCCAGUGUCCAGCUGGUUUAUGGAUCACAUCCUGCCAUCAGCCCACUGUGCGUCCCCCUUCAAACCUGACAGCCCCCGGUACAAAUACAACUUUAUUGCAGAUGUGGUGGAGAAGUCUAGUCCCGCUGUGGUGUACAUUGAAAUCGUUGGCAGACACCCGUUUUCAGGAAGAGAAGUCCCAGUGUCAAAUGGCUCUGGGUUCAUUAUCAGCAGUGAUGGUCUCAUUGUCACCAAUGCCCACGUUGUGGCCAACAAGAGGGGCGUCUGCGUGAAGCUCAACAACGGAGAGAUGUACAACGCCACCGUGCAGGACGUUGAUCCAGUGGCAGACAUCGCCACCAUCAAAAUCACGGCAAAAAAUCCUUUACCCACACUCACGCUUGGCAAAUCAUCUGGCGUUCGACAGGGAGAGUUCGUGGUGGCCAUGGGAAGCCCGUUUGCGUUACGGAAUACAAUCACGUCGGGAAUCGUCAGCUCAGUGCAGAGAGGCAGUAAAGAGCUGGGCCUGUCCAACUCGAACAUGGACUACAUACAAACAGAUGCAACCAUUGAUUUUGGAAAUUCUGGAGGUCCCCUGAUUAAUCUGGAUGGUGAAGUCAUCGGUAUAAACACCAUGAAGGUCACUGCAGGGAUCUCCUUUGCUAUUCCGUCCGAUCACCUCAGAGGUUUCCUUGAUAAAGCAGCAAAAAGAAAGAGUUCCAGGUUUGAUGAGUCAGAUAUGAAGCGGCGAUACAUCGGUGUGAUGAUGCUGACGCUGACGCCGAAUAUCAUUGCUGAGUUGAAGCUAAGAGACCCGUCCUUCCCUGAGGUGACACAUGGCAUCCUGAUUCACAGAGUCAUCAUAGGCUCCCCAGCCAACAGAGCGGGCAUGCUACCUGGAGAUGUGGUGGUGGAGCUUAAUGGAGUGAAGGUGAACACGGCGGAGGAGAUCUACCAGGCCGUACGCAGCAGCGACAAAAUCACCAUGAUGGUGCAGAGGAGAGACGAACUGCUUCGACUGCAAAUGACUCCCGAGUACACAGAGUGACACUUGUUACCACUGUUUGGCCAGAUUAUUUGAUUGUUACAUAAAUAUUUCAUGUUUGCAAGAGAAGAAAACUGAUGGUAAUGUGUGACUGUUCUCCAGACUUGGAAACAUUUUAAUGCAAAUGAAAAAAGACUACUGAUCGACUGCAGUAUCACUUAAAUGAUUUCAUGUUUUCUUGACAUGGCUGGGAACCACAUAAUGAUUAUAAUGUUCAUUUGUCAAAUAUUAACAGCUUGAAUCAGGGUGAACCUGCCAGUAUCUUUAGAUGCAGAAACAGUCCAGUAUUUAGUCUCAGGUUUUUCCUCAGCACAUUGAGCAAAGCGUGAUUUCUACCUCUACAAAGUUUUACUACUUACUUGGUAGAGCGUGGGCACCUGUGGCUCAGGAGGUGGAGUGGGUCGUCACAUUAACCCUGAAGGUUGAUGAUUUAAGCCAAAGCUCCUCUAUUCUACAUUCUGAGGUGCUGUUGGGCUGCUGAACCUUUAAAUCCCAUGUGCAAUAGAAAAGCAAUGAGUGUUUAUGAAGACUAGAAAAAGGCUGUAUUUACUCAGAAAACUAGUCAGUGUCCUUUUGUAACUUGUGUGUCUACGACCUAAAUUACAGUGUUUGUAUAGUAAGUUAAUGAAACCUGAAACCAUGUACUUUAUUAAAGCCAUUUAAUUUUUGACAGCAACAAGAAGCAUGAGAGACGACAUUAUGUCAUGGAGCAAUCGUCUUAAACUGACUAUCAUUAACUGAGCAAGUCAAACAACUCACCAAUGCUAUGAUGACAAUGAUCACACAAGUAAAAUUGGGAAUUGCUGAGAUUCCACUUGAUUAAAAGACAGUUUUGAGUAUGUCACGCACAGUAAAAACCAAAAACAUGAAGUUACUCCAUGUUGAGAGAAAAAAAUUAUCCUCAAUGAUGAGAAGUAAAAAGGAAAGUUGAAGAGAAAACUGUUUUCAUUUUGAGAGAACGAGUCGAAGCUGUGAAGCCACUGAGCAGAUUAAAAUGUCCCUGGUAUAUGUACAGUAACACACACUUACAGUAAAGUAAUAAAGUGACAUGUACUGGACUGCUACACAAUUAAAAGUAUUUAUCUCAAAGACUCAGCUAUUAAAUGAAGAUAACAUUCAAACAAUAUUUUCAUACAUUUCGACUAAGGACAUCUUGGUAGGUACAAGUACUACAACAUACAAGUAUGGGAAGAAAAAAAUAAAAUUGUUCAAAUCCCAUUAAAACUACUUUUAAAAAGACUUAAUAUAUAUUGCUGGUAAUAUUUUUCUUUUUAAGAAAAUAUAAAUUGUGCGACUGAAGCUUACAAUACACUGCUGGCAGUAGCGCCAGGUUCUGUGAUGACCUGCUGGAAAAGGGUCAUCUGUCGAGGCGCUGUGUGCUGAGAGACUCCCCGGUAGAGAGUAACAAACAAACAAUCAAACAAA